CAUUCUCUGCAACUCUAUUCACCCCCACUCUAGAGUUGCACGCCUUGUCUAACAAGGUAGGGCCACAGAAUGGUUCAAUAAACUCCCGCCGGGAGGUAUUGAUUUAUUUGCUGAAUUGGCCUCAAAAUUCAAGGCCAAAUUCUAGGAAAACUGCACGAAAAGGAAGAAGUUCACUUAUCUGAGCACAGUCGGGAAAAGGGAAUCUGAGAACCUUACUCAAUUACUAACCCGGUGGAAGGAUGAGGUGGACAAAGUCGAGGAGAUGGAUGACAAGACGGUCUUGUCGCUUUUGUUGAACAUCCUGCGUGCCGGGGAACUAUACAAGGAGUUCUGCCGGAGGCCCCCAACGACUAAUCAAGAGGCUUAUCACACAGCUUGGGAAUUUGCUGAGGCCGAAACCCAAGACCAGGCAAAGAAGGAAGUGGAGCGCGGCCACAAGCCCAAGCCGGUGCAGGUGAAGAAGGAAGACGCUCUUGGGCCUAGCAUGCCCAGACACCAUUAUGACCCGGUCAUACAUGUGGUUAAGGCGGAGGAGUGCCUCGAAGUGAGGAAGGCACCGGUCAUCCCAGGAGGGAACCCGAGUCGCCAAUGUAGAGAGCUGGGUAAUGAAUACCUGCAGAAGGCGCAGGAUAAAAACCACCAAUGGGUGAGGCUUGAAGCUGAGAGAAACGACUGGGACAAAGGCAGAAGGAGAAAUGACCAGAAUAGAGAACGGAGGCCGACUCCAGACAAAGAACAUAUCAGGAUGAUCUUUGGUGGACCGGAGGGUGGAGACUCUGCUGUUCAGUGGAAAAACUGGGUCCGAAGCAUUUACGUGGGAUAGGAUACAAAUCUUUGAGCUGGACCUUCAAAAAGCCUAUGAUAAUAUCAGUUGGAAGGCAAUUGAGCAGCUCCUAUUAAUAUUCAAAUUUCCCUCCAAAUUCAUCAAAUGGAUCACAUACUUCAUAUUCCAUCCAGUUUGAAGGGGAAAGUCAUGGCUUCUUUAAAGGCAGAAAAGGUAUUAGACAAGCUGAGGAAAAAUCAGUCUCUUGCAUAAUAAAGGCUUUAGAACAUU